AUGAAUGCAAAAUAUAUUUCUUUUUUUUUACUUUUAAUUCCUUUUGUUUUUCAAAAUUUUAUUCGUUCUCACGAGGACCUUUUUAAUGAUCUUGUGACGGAAAUACAUGAUGGUGAAUUAGAGAAAUUUAUAACUAAGAAUAAUAUUGUUUUAGUUAUGUUUUAUGCACCAUGGUGUGGACAUUGUAAAAGAUUAAUACCAGAAUAUAACGAAGCUGCUAAUAUUUUGUCAGAUAAAAAAAGUGAAAUCAAAUUGGCAAGUGUAGAUGCAACUACAGAAAAUGCAUUAGCACAAGAAUAUGGAAUUACAGGUUAUCCAACUUUGAUAUUAUUUAAUAAAAAAAGAAGAGUAAAUUAUGGAGGAGGUAGAACAGCACAAUUAAUAGUGGAUUGGCUUUUGCAAAUGACUGGGCCUGUAUUUACAGAAAUAGAAGGAAAUAUAGAAGAUGUUUUAUCUGAGAAAAAUAUUAGUGUAGCAUUUUAUUUAGAAUAUACUUCAGAAGAUAACGAACUAUAUAAAAAGUUUAAUGAAAUUGGUGAUAAAAAUCGUGAAUUGGCAAAAUUUUUUGUUAAAAAAAAUGAUAAACAUAACAAAUUAUAUUGCCAUAGAAAAGAUGAAAAUAAAGUAGAAUAUGAUGAAAAAACAUCAUUAGAUGAAUUUAUAAAUACGGAAUCCUUCCCAUUAUUUGGAGCAAUAAAUACAGAAAAUUAUCGUUUUUAUGCAGAAAGUUCAAAAGAAUUAGUUUGGGUAUGUGCAACGAAUGAACAAUAUAAUGAAAUAAAGGAAGAAGUAAGGUUAGCAGCAGCAGAACUAAGAAGUAAAACUCAUUUUGUUUUGUUAAAUGUCCCUGAAUAUGCUGACCAUGCAAAAGCUUCAUUAGGAUUAAAUGAAUUUCCUGGUUUAGCUUUUCAAUCAAGUGAAGGAAGAUUUUUAUUACCAAAUGCUAAAGAAUCAUUACGUAAUCAUAAAGAAAUAAUUAAAUUUUUCAAAGAUGUAGAAGAAGGAAAAAUUGAAAAAUCUCUUAAAUCAGAACCAAUACCUGAAGAAGAUAAGGAUGCACCUGUUAAAGUAGUUGUAGGAAAUUCAUUUGUAGAUGUAGUUUUAAAAAGUGGAAAAGAUGUACUUAUUGAAAUUUAUGCUCCAUGGUGUGGACAUUGUAAAAAAUUACAACCUAUUUAUGAAGAACUUGGAAAACAUUUAAAAAAAUAUGAUUCUCUAAUUAUUGCAAAAAUGGAUGGUACUCUUAAUGAAACCCCAAUUAAAGAUUUUGAAUGGUCUGGUUUUCCCACUAUAUUUUUUGUAAAAGCAGGAUCAAAAGUACCUUUACCAUAUGAAGGAGAAAGAACAUUGAAGGGUUUUGUUGAUUUUUUAAAUAAACAUGCUACAAACACUCCUAUUUCUAUUGAAGGUGUUUCACAAGAUACAGAUGGAAGCGAAGAAGAAUUAUAA